AUGUCUAAAUCCCUUAAAUCAUAUGGGGUGCCUUCCUCGAGCAGUGUUCCGACUGGGCUCACAAUGCCAACUAUUGAGGCGAUUAACUUUGAGAUCAAGCCCGCUCUAAUCUACAUGGCCUUUCUAGAAGAAUUAUUUCCACCCACCAAGACUGCUGAAAUAAGGCACAAGCUGACUACAUUUACUCAAGAACCUGGUGAAUCACUUAGGAAAGCCUGGGAUAGAUUCAAGGCAUCGCAGCGGUCUUGCCCGCAUCACAACAUUAGAAAAUGGUUCUUGGUUCAGAUUUUCUACCAUGUCUUGCAAGAUGAUACAAAGAACACCGUUGAUUCUGCUGAUGGGGGUGUUUUUCUUGACAAAGAAGUGGAUGCAGGUUGUGAUUCUCUUGCCAAUCUAGCUGCCAAUCAUUAUAGCACUACCAUAACCACUUCAAAGAGGGGCAAGAUGGAUGUUGAUGCCUACACUCUAUUGUCCUCACAAGUGGAUGCCUUGAACUUAAAGAUUGAUUCUUUGAAGGAUGCUCAGUCUGGUACUCCCCCAAUGAGUAUCAAUGCUAUGUCUAGUUUAGCUCCAGCAACAACUUCUUACUGCGAACCACAUGUUUUCAGGCCUCCAUUUCCACAAGGAGCCUCACAUAAUGCUCCCCCGGGGUUUAAUAGACCCCCGCACCAAGGCUAUCAACAACAGCCUCCUCAGAUCAAUGCUAAUCUAGAGCCUAACAUUGGUGAUCUGUAUAAGCUCGUAGAGAAUAUGCAGAAGACCUCGGAGAUUGCUCAAAAGAAUCAUGAUGAGAGCAUAAAGGAGUUGAAGAAUCAAAAUAGAAUGUUGGAGAACCAAGUUGCUCAACUCGCUGAUACUUUGUCAAAAAGGCAACCGGGCAAACUUCUAGGGCAAUCUACUUCAUCUCAAGAUCACACUACAGAGAGUGCAUGUGCCAUUGUUCUUCGGAGUGGUACUACAUAUGAUGCCCCCUCGGUACCUAUUGAUUUUGCGGAUCUCGGAAAGGGGAGAGAGGAGGCUAGAAGAAAGAAGGAUAGAUUCAAUGAAAAGGUUAUUGAUGAUUCUUGCCCUUUUGUUCCUCGAUUGCCAUUUCCACAUCGACAACAUAAGUCAAUGGGUGAUUAUACGUCUGGUGAAGAGGCAUAUGUUGAAAGUAAGACUGUGGAUGUAGGGGUUGAAACCCCUAGUGUUGAGAAUGAAAUGGAGACGAAGGAAAGCAGCAAGGAGAAGGUUACUGAUUUUCCCCCUUUUGCACCUACACUACCAUUUCCUCACCGCAUGCAGAAAACAAAGGUUGAUCAACAGUUCGGUAAAUUCUUGGCUAUGUUCAAGAAUUUCGAGGUAAAGAUUCCUUUCACUGAUUUAAUAUCUCAGAUUCCUAUGUAUGCAAAAUAUUUAAAGGAAUUAAUCACUAAGAAAAGAAAUCUUGGUGGUGUAGAGAGAGUGGCUCUAACUGAGGAGUGUAGUGCUAUGUUACAAAACAAGUCUUCUCCUAAACUAAAGGACCCCGGUAGUUUCUCCAUCCCUUGUCAUGUAGGUGCUUUAUUCAUUGAUAAGGCUCUAUGUGAUUUAGGUGCUAGUGUGUCUGUCAUUCCCCUCUCUAUUUAUAAAAAAUUGAACAUGGGAGAAAUGAAAUGUACCACCAUUACUCUUCAAAUGGCCGACCAUUCUAUUAAAUACCCCUUAGGUGUUUUAGAAGACGUCCCCGUGAGAGUAGGAAAAUUCUAUAUUCCCGUAGACUUUGUUGUGCUUGACAUAGCAGAGGACAACCAGAUUCCAAUAAUCUUAGGAAGGCCAUUCCUUCAUACCGCAGGGGCAUUUAUUGAUGUUAAUAAAGGGAAGCUAACCUUGACUGUAGGGGAUGACAAGGUGACCUUUAGCUUGUAUCAUGUGAUGGAAAGUUCAAUGCAAGAAGUGUCGUGUUCUUUGAUUGCUUCUAAUGCUAAGUUGCCUCAUUCUUAUUCUAGAAAUUCUUCAAAUAAUGCACUUGGUUUGAAAGGGCUCGCAAGUGAUGAUGAUCCUGGAGAUGCAGUUGAUGCUAGUUCAAAAGUUGGAAUAAGAGGUUCGGUACUCGAUGGCACCGGGUUUGGUGCCCCUGAUUGGUGA